AUGAGCCACCUCUUCAGUCCCCCGCUGGCCGCUCUGGCCGCCUCGCCGCUGCUGUACGUGUACAGCCCCGAGAGGCCCGGACUGCCCCUGGCCUUCACCCCUGCCGCUGCGCUGGCCGGCCCUGGCCGGGCCGAGCCCCCGCAGAAGCCGCCCUACAGCUACAUCGCGCUCAUCGCCAUGGCGAUCCAGGAUGCGCCCGAGCAGAGGGUCACACUGAAUGGCAUCUACCAGUUCAUCAUGGACCGUUUCCCCUUCUACCACGACAACCGCCAGGGUUGGCAGAACAGCAUCCGCCACAACCUGUCGCUCAACGAGUGCUUCGUGAAGGUGCCGCGUGAGAAGGGGCGGCCGGGCAAGGGCAGCUACUGGACGCUGGACCCUCGCUGCCUGGACAUGUUCGAGAACGGCAACUACCGGCGCAGGAAAAGAAAGCCCAAGCCCGCCGCGGGUUCCCCGGAGGCCAAGCGCACCCGGGCGGAGCUGCCGGAGCCCGAGGUGGGCUGCAAUGCAGGAUGUCCCGGCCUGGCCAUUGCAUGCCCGCCGCGCGCGCCGGAUCGUGGUCAGUCCCCGACUGGAGGCACCGCGCGGCCAGCGCUCUUUCCCUGGUCCAGCCCUGAGCCCUGGGACCCCGACGCGGACCGCACAGUCCAGGGCGUUGGGGCAGUUGUGGGUGGCCAGCGCGAUAGCACGGUGCACCGCCCGGGGUCCCCUUUGCGCCCGGACCCCAGCGGCUCCCCCAAGGGUUCCAAGUCUAAAAGCUUCAGCAUCGACAGCAUCUUGGCCGGGAGGCCAAAGCCGGCCUCAGGGGCGGAGGCCUCGGGGGUCCCAAAGCCCGUGCCGGGCUUGCUGGGCGCCUCGUUGCUGGCCGCCUCCUCCGGCCUACCACCUCCUUUCAACGCUUCGCUGGUGUUCGACCCGCAUGUCCAGGGCGGCUUUUCCCAGCUGGGAAUCCCCUUCCUUUCCUAUUUCCCGCUGCAGGUCCCGGAGGCCGCGGUGCUUCGCUUCCAAUAA